AUGGAUUUUUCACCGUCUUUAUCUCCACACCACCAGGGUGUCGCUUCACCGACCUCCACCCACCACGAUGGCGACAGCAUUCCAGCGUCGCAAGCCUUCGCCCACCCGCAGAAAACCGCGUUUCUUCCACUCCUCUCAAACCGUUCGUCUUCGACCUGUGGAGAGCAGGGGACAGACGUAGCCUCGAUCUCGUCGCACCCGCUCUCGCCAGGGUCUUUUGAGGACGGGGCGGGCGUGCCUACGCGAUCGCCGCGUAUGAUGCAAAGGGAAUCUGCUCCAGUUGAUGCGUCGUCGUUCACUUCUUCUGGGUUGCGGUCACAACUAGAAGAAGAGAGCGCGCAUGGCGUUCCUUGCUCCUCCUCCGCUCCCUCUGCGCCGCCGCGUCAGGGCCUUCCUCAGCCAGGCCUGCGAGGCAGCCGGGAUUCCGUCGCUGCGUUGCUGGGGUUUGCGUCGUCCGCCGGCGAAACAUACGGAAGCGAGGGGCGGCGCCGAAGUCGCGCCAACGAAGACGAGGGCGCCGGUAUGCCGCAGCCCCGCCGAGCCGCCGCAGGGGCAGGUGGAAGUCGCUACACGGGGCGAGAGAGGGAAGAAGCUGCAUGCUGCGAGGAUGCCGCUGCCUCUGCGUCUCUCUAUCGCCAGAGACAGCAGGGACAUCAGAACUUGUUCCGGGUGGGAGGGGAGGCGACUAGGGUCGUCUGCACGAGAAGCAGACCUGCUGGCAGAGGAGAAACACAAGAACGAAGAAGCGGCGGAACUAACGGCGGAAUUCCACGCGAAGAGCACCUAGGGGCGGAGCACACCGAACCCCUCCCAAGCGGUCGCGUCUCGGCUGUGGAUCCAUCCGAGACGCUUUCGGAGGGGCUCGAACCCGUGCGCGCUACAUCUUUCGCUCAGGAGACGGGGCACGCAUGUGACAUGCAGACAUGCAUGCCCGCGGGCGUCCGUACUGAGCUCUGGCACAGGGAGGAAGAAAACCGACAGGAGAGAGAGAGGGCGGAGAAACGACACUGCGACGGAGAAAUGCGCCGCACCUCUCGUGAACGACAGGGAGGCUGGCGGGCGCCGCAGCAGGCGGAAUUCAGUCACGAGGACCCCCACAGUAUGUCGGCUACUGGUGUGGCGCAAUCGGGUCCAUUUUCGCCUCGGGUGACCUACCACGGCGCCUUGCAGGGCGCUCCUACGCCCCGCCAGCAGACGCUUCAUUCGCCGCCCGUACGUUCGGGAGCCUCGUCCGCUUCUUUCCGGCGCGCGGUCCCGCCUCUCGACUACCUGCGUCAAUUGCAGAAGGAACAUGACGGCACCAAUUCCGUCGCGUCGUCUCUGCCGCCGUCGCCGUCUUUCCCUCAUUUCCCGUUCAGCGGGCGGAGCCUCGAUGCGGGUCGUCCCGAGCCGCUCGGCAGAUUUCCGACUUCAUCGCCAUCUCCGAGCGCCCUGUCGCACCAGGAUCCCCAUCGCUCGCCUUCCGCAUUCUCCUCGCGCUCUCGCUCUUCUUACACCUCUUCGUCCUUUUCCCCGAAACGGGAUGAGCGCAACAGCCGCGUGAAAAAACUCGAUGAAUUGAAGAGCUCAGGCAGCGUUCUGCCGGUCUCGGCGGCUGUCCAUGCCGCCGUGGAGACGGCGUUUAGUGCGGCGUCGGUCCAGGGCAUGAGAAGGCAGGCGCUGUGGGGCGAAGAAGCGGCAGACGAACGUGGCGACACGGCGCUCCACCGGCGUAUGAAUUCGAGUGGAGGCGACGAGCUGCCGUUCCCCCUUAACCAGAUGAUGCGCCGGCGCGAAUACCAGAACAAAAGCGACGACAGCUUGCACGGUCAACCACGCGCGCUCCUGCUUCCGCAAGACAUUUCCUGGCAGAGUGGCGCGGCGAACAUCAUGAGCUCUCGCUCCUCUCUGGGUCGGCUGCGUCCGCGCACUAGCCCCUCGCAGCUUUCAUCUUCCUCUGAGUUCUGCGGGUCUUCGCCGUCUUCUUCGCCCUCCUCGUUUGUCUCCGCCGGCGCGGGGGCGUAUGGCCCCGGCCGCGACCUCACGGCUCGAGAGCGGUCACUCGCCCAGUUCCGCGGCGCCGGCGAGAUCCUGGGAAGCUACGAGGGCGCGGGUGGCGCAGAAUCCAGGCACGAACGGCGACAGCUUUCAGAUGGCCUCGGCGCGCGACGGGGAGACGACAGAGACAAGCCCCUCGCGCAGCCGCCCCUGAGUGUGGCAGAGGAAAAUGAGCGCCGCCGCGAAGUCCAGCGGCAGAAUCCGUGGUACACUGACUUAUUCGGCAGAGAGACGCCUACCGCCUCCCGACCCGCGGCCGCCUCCGAAGUGCGCCGGGGCUACGAGGCGCCUGGAGACGCUGGCGUUCAAGUGGGCUGCUGGGAUCGUCGUACAGGAACUCAGAGACGCGCCGAGCUGCAGGAAGCGAAGACUGCGCAUGAGCAAUUCAUCAAAGCCAUGCACUCGGACGUGUUUUCGUCCGAGGAGCCAUCCGCAGCCGCACAGCGCACCCUGGAGCGUGCCGAAGUGGCGCGAACGUGCCUCCUGCGCGAGAAGACGGAGGCCCGCGCGCGGCGGCUGCGGCUCCAAGAGGCGAUCGAGAGCGGUGGCGCCCGGCUGUUCCAUUCAGUGACAGGCGAGGAAACGAAUCUGCCGGGGGCGAAUGGAGAGAAGCUCUACAGGGAGGCGGCACAUCUGCCGUGCAAGGUAGUGGAACUGCACCUUGCGGGCAUUCGCCCAGAUAUGACUGAGGACGAUAUCCGCCGGAUUUGCGGGGCUGUGGCGGACACGCCGCGGGUGUCGCCUACCUCGAGGAGCGCUUUCUGGCCUUCAGCACCCUCCACUGUGCGUUCGCCUGCGCAAUCUCCUCUGGGGCCCGCAGCGGCUGGGGGGAAGCACCUUGGGCCGGGCACGGGCAGAAGCGGCGACGGCGCGAGUCUGAACUGCGUCGUCAAGGUCAGCCUCGUCCGCGACUUGCUAACCAAUCAGUGCAAAGGCACUGGCAGGCUGGUUCUGCGGUGUCACGAAAGCCACGAUGAAGAUGAAAUUGUCCGGCGGCUCUCUGCGGCGAAGGUUUUCGUUCAAAGCAGAGACGUCACUGUCGACACACCGCAGCUCUCAGCACGAGGCCAAGCAGGGCGGCGGUAA